AUGUUUAACAUAUUUCUCUCUCUCUCUCUCUCACUCUCACUCUCUCUCUCUCUCUCUCACACACACACCUUCUUCCUUCUUUUCCUUCUACUCUGUCUCUCCAACUAUAUCUAUUUCCCUAUCUCCCGCUCCCUUUCCCAUUCUCUUUUUCUAUUCCCCCUCUCUCCCUCUCUCUCUCUAUCCUUAACCUUCUUUCUCUCUCUCUCCCCUUUCCCCUUUCUCUCAUUCUACUUCUCUCUAACUACUUCUACUUUCUCUAUCCCCAUUUAUCUUUCUCAUUCUUUCUUUCUAUUCCUCCCUCUUGCUACUCUUAUCCUUCUUUUUUCACUCUCUCUUCUUUCACUCUUUCCUUCCCGCUCAUUUUUUUCUCGCUCUCUUUAUCUAUCUGACUUUACCUCUUGUGCGAAAACUCGAAAUAAACUUCUUAUUUUUCUACUUCUUUUCUUUAUUUAUUUCCUUCUUUUUCAUUCUUUCUUUCUUUCUUUCUUUCUUUCUUUCUUUCUUUCUUUCUUUCUUUCUUUCUUAUUUCAGUUACUCUUUCUUUCUUCGCGUUUUUCUUUUUUUUUCAGUCACACUUUCUUUCCUUUUUUUGUUUCACUCUUUCUUUCCCCGCUUUCUUCUCCUAAGAUGCCUUCCAGCUCCUCCCGAACUCCAUCUAAAGCUAUUCCAUAUCUAUCUAUCUAUCUAUCUAUCUAUCUAUCUAUCUAUCUAUCUGAGGCUAUUCCAUAUCUAUCUAUCUAUCUAUCUAUCUAUCUAUCUAUCUAUCUAUCUAUCUAUCUAUCUAUUUAUUUGAGGCUAUUCCAUAUCUAUCUAUCUAUCUAUCUAUCUAUCUAUCUAUUUGAGGCUAUUUGA